UCAGUCUCACACCAGUGGUUUGCUGCCUCACGGCCUCCAGUCUUCCAUCCCCGGGUUCUCUGGAGGUUACAACUGAUGUUCUCGCCUUUCGGGCCAACAUGAGUCCCAGCGUGGUCGUGAGACGUCCCAGGCCCGGGUCCACUUGUCAAGACUGAUCUUAUCUGAGAAACAAGUCCAGAGGAAGAGGAAAGGAAGAGGAGGCAGGAAUGACUCAUGCCCAGGUGCUGUUGACCUUCAGGGAUGUGGUCAUAGAAUUCUCUCUGGAGGAGUGGGAGUGUCUGGACCCUGCUCAGAGGGCCUUGUACAAGGAUGUGAUGUUGGAGAACUAUAGGAAUCUGGUCUCCUCGAUAUCGCUGUUAGAAGUAUGAUUAAGGAAUUAUCACCAAAAGAGGGUAUUAACAAAGAGGAAUUAUUCCAGACAUUGAUGUUGGAAAGACACAAAAGAAAUGACAUCAAGUAUUUGGGUUUCAGAGAAGUUCUGAAAAAUAUGCAUGAGUUUGAAAGUCAGUAUACAUAUGAUGGAACAAAUUACAAAGAAGUAACCACAGCCCAUAACCAAAAUUUCAGUGGUAAAAGAGAUCAGCACUACACCAAACCCUGGAAUGAUUUCCCUCUAAAGCAGAGUGUUUCUGUAAGAAAAAGUACUUAUCAAUAUUACAAGCAUGAGAAAUCAUAUAAAAGUAUUUGUUAAAACUAAAAAAUAACAUAACCUGUGCAGGAAAUAAGUAUAUAAAAUGUUUUGAAAAUGGGAUUGGAUUAAUAAAGUUUCAGUCACAUCUGGCUGACUUCUAGAAGUUUCAAACUGAAGAGAAAAUUUAUGAAUGUAAUCAAGUUGAGGAUUUGAUCAACAGUAGUUUUGCUUUACCACUUCAAAGAAUUCCUACUAGCAUUGAUAUGAAUAUUUGUAAUAAAUCUGGGAAACUUUUCA